GCACGCGUCGACUGUUGUAGGUUAAAAGAGCCUCGAAUAUUUGGAAGACGGGCCGUUUCUGACAAGCCGGCGGGUCUCCUAUCUUCUUUUCUAUUCUAUUUUAAUCUUCUUUUUGUGUAUGCUACAUAUACCAGCAUUAUGUCUGAUCCGCGUUUGCGGUCUUUGACUCGUAAGCGGCAACCAAUUGUUGACAGCAAGAGCCCCGCCAAUGAAAAUAUUACUCCAGAGAUGGUCGUCAAACAGCCUGCAAAAGCAAUUCGAAAAUUACUUCAUUGGGACGAGCUACCCCCCUGGCUACAAGAUAACCACUAUAUCCACUCCGGCUAUCGACCAGCAUCUUCCUCGUUCCUUGUAUCAUUUCACUCUCUGACAUACCUUCACAACGAGACUGUGAAUAUAUACUCACAUCUCUUACCUGCAUUGGUGGCCUUACCAGCUGGAAUCCGUCUUUAUCAAGUGCUAGCGCCUCGCUACCAAUCGGCGACUCAGGCUGACAUAUCCGCCUUUGCUUGUUUCUUUGUCGGAGCCACCUUUUGUUUGGGAAUGUCUGCAAUUUACCACACUAUAUCGAAUCAUUCGCCAUCCGUGGCUCGCAUUGGCAACGCACUGGAUUACGUGGGUAUUGUCGGUCUUAUCACCGGCAGUUUCAUCCCCAGCGUCUACUAUGGCUUCUAUUGUGCUCUCAGCCUCCAGUGCAUUUACUGGACUAUGAUCAGCACAAUAGGCGUGGGGUGCAUUUUUGUGUGUCUACUGCCUAGAUUCCGGACCCCAGAAUGGCGCCCUUUUCGAGCCAUGAUGUUCGUCUCGAUGGGCUUGUCUGCUAUUUUCCCAGUGAUUCACGGCUUAUGGUUGUACGGCCCGAAGCAGAUGAUAGAUCAGAUUGGCCUCUAUUGGUUGCUUCUUCAAGGAUUUUUGUAUAUCCUCGGUGCCACCAUUUACGCAGCUCGCGUGCCAGAGCGAUUGCUGCCCGGCCGAUUUAAUAUUUUCGGAAGCUCCCACCAGAUAUUCCAUGUUUUGGUGGUGUGUGCUGCUGUUUCGCAUUUGACAGGUCUUCUACGGGCGUUUGACUACCGUCACAGCGGCUUGGCUGAGUUAUGUUUCUAGUUACGUACGUAUGGACAUAUGUAUGAACUUACUUCUUCUGGAAUCAUGACUAAAAUAUCCAUUCCGUUCCGACAGCUCUCAUGCCGGUGGUAUUGGUUACUCGAGCCAUGUCCCGGGUGGCUAGGUUUUCAUACAGUACUGUGUCAGCCUUGAGCUGUCCCUUCUUUUUUUAGAUUGCGUGGGCAUAGCCCUUCUAAGCCUUAGUCUAAUGAGCGUU